AUGGAGGCAGCAUCAAUUCUCUCCGCCAUGAAGGGCGAAAAACUGAAGGACUCGCCGCAGUGGCUCACUUGGUUUGCAAAAGUGCAGCUAUAUGCCAUGCAAAAGAACGUAUGGGACCUUUGCAACCCAGAUCCCCCGACGACAACCGAAUCCCAAGCAAUAAGAUCUAUACCUCUCCAAGAACCGGUGGAACCGGAAUACCCAGAGGACGGCGAUGACAAGGAUCGAAGGAUUUGGCGAGAUCGAAUGGACGUGUAUAAAAUGAAGUACACGAAGUGGGAGAAGCAAGCAAAAGGACUAAGUGAUGUCAACGAGUACAUCCUUACCUACCUCGACCCAAUGCAUCACCUUGCUCUGAUCACAUAUCGUACUCCGUAUGAGAGGCUUGUAUACCUAAAGACUAGAUUUGCUCGGUCAACGGCGUACGAAGAAGAAAUCCGUAUGAAUUGGAAGGUCUUUGCCAUGCAGAAACCAACCGGUGAUAUUGAGCAGUGGCUUCAAAAGUGGAAUUCACUAAGAGAGCAAGCUAUUAGCCUCGGCAUUAGCGAUGCAGAUUCCAAUCGAGACUUCCUACAUGCAGUUAAAGAGGUACUGCCAAUCUGGUGGCAAGGAAAAUACCAAGAGAUUGUUAUGGAUAAGAAGAAAUAUGACACUCGAGAUCUUCUUGAAUCAUUCCGUGCAAUGAAUCGGGAGAUAGGCGUCAAAACUGUGACCUCAACUAAUGCUCCAAAAAGUGCUUUUUCAACCUGGCAAGGUCAUCGAGAAGCAAAGCCGGAAGCGAAGCAAGAGAAGCUUCCAUUCGAGAAGAGAAAAUGUCCAUGUGGCAAUGGUCAUCCACACCACAAGGUGGCCAACUGCUGGCUCAUGAAUGAAGCUAUACGCCCAGAAGGAUAUACCCUAGACGAAGGGAAGCUAGAGAGAGCUAGAAAGAAGCUAGCAAAUGAUCCAGGGUGGAAGCAAUGGGUCGACAAAGCUGUCAAUGAAGCUAAAUCAAAGCAUCAUGAAUCUGCAAACCACGUUAGCUUCGCCACCACCUACCAGAGUAAGCAACAGGGCAGGCCUCAGAGCAGGCCUCAGAGCAAGCCUCAGGGCAAGCCCCAGGGCAAGCACCAAGGCAAGCUACUAAGUGAAGCUAUACAGAUUGGCAAGCAUGCACUCUCAGCUGCAAAGACUGGCGAGCUCUCUCUCCGCAAUCGAUGGAUUCUUGACACUGGGUCCAGUUCACAUGUAUGCAAUAACAGAGCACUGUUUAUUGAUUUUACGCCGGAAGUCAUAGAUUUGACAACUGGUGACAGUACUACGCAGGUGCUAGGGAGAGGCAAAGUUCGACUAGUCGGCAAGCAUCCACAGAAAGGGAGAAUGGAAAUCACAUUGAGUGAUGCUCUCUACUCGCCUAGCUUCCAUACAAAUCUAGUGUCGUACGCGAUGCUAAAGAAGAAGGGGGGCACCUGGUGUCAACGUACAAACUGCAUCCGAGAUCCAAAGGAUCUACCUGUUGUCAAUGUACAUCUAUGGGACCAGUUUAACCUCUGGAUUUUCGAUGAACCAGGAGAGGUUCUACCGCAACAAGCAUAUGCCGUAAGCGCAAGCUCACUAGUACCGGUACCAAGAGUAUCAAGAACGUCAGUAAAGCCGCAGAAAUCAGAGGCAUCCCCCGACGUCUGGCACCGAAGACUUGCUCAUAUUGAGCCCCGUGCCGUAGCUAAGCUUGCUACUAUGGUAGAUGGUAUAGUCCUCCAGGAAGCAGAGCAAGAAGAAGCUUCAUUAUGCCAAACCUGUCAUAUUGGGAGAGCACCAAAACAGAUCUCUCGCCGGCCAGUAGGACGUACUUUUGGACGAUUUGGAAGGAUCCACUUUGAUCUCAUACAACUGCCGCUAGCAUACAAUAGACACCGAUGGAUAUCUCAUUUCUAUAUGGAAGGAGUACGAUUCCAUUGGAUAAUGACACAUGAAGUGAAGCCUGAAUGCCAGCUGGCGAUCAACCAGUUCGUACAGCUAGCAAGGAAUCAGUGGAAUCUACCUAUCAAGGCAUUUCACUAUGACAAUGAAGCUGCAGCAGGCAAAACAGCGGAGCACAGUUUGACAAGCGAUGGUAUCUUGAUAUAUCAUACUCCACCCGGCCACUCAGAGAUGAAUGGGUAUGCCGAGAGAUCUGGCGGGAUGAUCAUUACCCGUAUGCGUAUGCUCUCUCUUGAAGGCAAGCUUCCGAAAGACCUAUGGCCUGAAUUCGCAAGCGCUGCAGUGUGGUUAUUGAACCGUACCCCUACAUACAUUGCUUCUGAGAACAAGUGGUUAAUACCAUGGGAAGAAGUAAGAAGAGAAUUUGCUCCAACAGCCCCGAAGAUCAAUCUAGCAAAUGUUAGAUUAUAUGGAAGUUUGGCGUACUGCCGCAUUGAGAGGCAGAUCCAGUCAGAUAAGAUGAAUCCAAGAGCAGAGGUCGGCUUCCUAGUCGGAUACUUGGCAUCUAAUAUCUACAAAAUCUGGUUUCCACACAGUGGGAAAGUGAGGUAUAUACGAGAUGCAGUCAUUGAUGAAGCACGUAAAUACUCGCCGGACUAUGAGAAAUCUCAGCCUAUUCCACUACCAUUAGUGAGAGAGCCAGAAGAGAUUACGCCCGACGAAGUGGCGCAAAUCAUCAACCAUCAGAUCGCUAGCCAGGAAGCAACUAGUACGCCGGAAAGUGAGCAUCAAAACCGACAAGAUGAAACCGACGAUGCUCUACCAGAUGCUCUUCCAGAUGCUCUACCAGAUGCUCUUCUAGAUGCUCUUCCAGAUGCUCUACCAGAUACUCUACCAGAUACUUCACAAGAUAUUCAGCUAAGUGAGGUUGACUACCGAGAGAUCACCCCACUUCAGGGGAAGCCGAAACUGGCUUACAGCAAGGGGUGGAAACUGGCCCUGAUCAGGGGGGUGGAUACGCAUGAUCUAGAUGAUCAACUGCUCAGUGAAGAUCAGGCCCAUGAAGAAGCCUAUGAAGAAGCCAAUGAAGAAGCCAAUGGAGAACCUAAUGAAGAACCCAAUAGAGAGGUGGAAAAUGAGCUAGAAAGACAGCUCCAGGCAGAACUGCUAGCACCAAGCAGAGAGAUCUCCAGCAAUAUAGAUGCCAGCAACAUACUAAGUGGACGUCGAAUACGCAAAGCAAAACAAGAUGACGAUUUUGCAUAUGCAACCACUAUAGUACAGGGUAUUGACGAAGAAGAGCCACCGGCUCUACUACAUGCAUUUGCAGCUGGUCUAUACGCCGAGAAACCAAACGCUCGCCGCCAUCGAGAUGAUCUCCCACCACCACCCAAGUACUGGAAGGAUGUCAUAAAUCAUCCUUUUCAGCAAGGUUUUCUCGCAGCAAUGAAGAAAGAGAUCCACUCUCUAUCUGAAAAAGAGACAUUCGAAGUCAUUGAAAAGCCAAAGGAUCGAGGGAUACAAAUCCUUCCCUUACUAUGGGUUUUUGCAUACAAAUUCGACCAGGACGGUUACCUUUUGAAAUUGAAGGCUCGAAUCUGUGUUCGUGGGGAUCUUGAGACGAUUACCUAUGAAGAAAAGAGAGCUGCUACGCUAGCAGCAAGAACAGCAAGAAUGAUCUUUGCACUAGUCGCUGCCUUUGACCUAGACCUCCGUCAGCGAGAUGCUGUCACUGCAUUUCUGAAUAGCAAGCUAAGCCAAGAGAAACCGACGUAUACGCAGAUGCCAGAAGGGUUCCAGUCCCUAGGUAAAUGCUGGAAGCUUCGUCGAGCAUUGUACGGCUUACGGAUCUCGCCACGUCUUUGGCAACAAGAAGCAGCUAGUGUACUCCGAAAACUAGGUCUGCAACAAGCACCAGAAGACCCUUGUGUCUUCGUCGGAGAAGGGCUAAUAGUCUUCUUCUAUGUGGAUGAUAUCUUAAUUGCUAGCCAUGCAAAUGCUAAGGCAAGAGCCAUGCAAUUGGAGCGAGAUCUAGAAGCCCACUGGGAGCUGACAGAUCAUGGAGAAGCAUCAUGGUUUCUCAAUAUCCGAAUCAUUCGCGAUAGGAAGCAGAAGAAGCUCUGGCUAUGUCAAGAUAGCUAUAUGACAAGCAUUGCUACCCGCUACAAUUUGACAGAUCGACCACCUGUCUAUACGCCACUACCAGUUGACGAAUUGACGCCUUACCAAGGCGUAGCCACCCCGAAGGAGAUCCUUCUCUAUCAAAAGAAGGUUGGAUCCGCAGGCUAUGCCACCACUAUCACUAGGCCAGAUGCUGCAAAGGCCACCGCUCGACUAGCUCAGUUCUUGACGAAUCCAGGGCCCCAGCACCACCAAGCAGCUGACCGGGUCAUCAGUUACCUAUAUACUACCCGGAACCUAGCUAUUGAAUAUAGUGCAGACGCAGUAAGCACUGGAAUCGAUUCCAUACAGUUCGCAAGCGAUGCUUCAUACGGAGAUCACCCAGAUCGAAAGAGCUCUGCAGGCUACAUCUGUCAAGCUUAUGGUGGACCAGUUGACUGGAAAGCGAGCAAGCAACCCACCGUGACAACGUCAACCACUGAAGCAGAGCUGCUAGGCCUAUCAGAGACAGGGAAGCAACUUCAAUGGUGGCGUCGACUACUAAAAAGCCUCGGUUUUGAACCCUCCCACAAUAUGACGAUCGACUGCGACAACGAGAGAACGAUCAGCCUACUUACUAGUGAGGACACUGCCUUCGAAACGAAGCUUCGGCAUGUCGAUAUUCAUCAUCAUUGGCUUCGGCAAGAGGUUAGAGAAGGACGCAUAAUGGUGCGAUGGGUGCCGACGGCGAGCAUGGUCGCAGAUGGACUCACAAAGAUGCUAUCUCGCCAGAAGCAUGAGAGCUUCCUAAGGAUGCUCAGGAUGGUGGACAUAGGCUAUCUAAUGGCCUAG